AGCAGGCAGGGACCAGCAGCUCUGCUCCACAGGGAAUCAGCACAAUGAAGCUUUUCACAGGCCUCCUUCUCUGCUCCUUGGUGCUCGGAGUCAGUAGCCAAUGGUAUUCCAUCUUUACUCAGGCUUACGAAGGGGCUAAAGACGUGGUGAAAAAGUCUACUGAAGCGAUAAAAGAUGCAUACAGAGAUGCAAAAAAGUACCUCCAAAACCGACAUGCUAGAUCGAUCAGCGAUGCCAGAGAGGAGGUUCAGAGAGUCACAGACUUCUUCAAGCAUGGAGACAGUGGCCACGGACGGGAGGACUCGAGGGCCGACCAGGCUGCCGAUGAAUGGGGCUCGAGCGGCAAAGACCCCAAUCACUUCAGACCCACCGGCCUGCCCGACAAGUACUGAGCUGCCUCUCACUCUGCUCAGCAGACGGGGCUGUGAGCCCCCACGGGCAGCGACACUGAGCGGGUGGUUCUCUGUCCACAGAAGGCAGCACAUCUAAU